AGCCAGCCGUGCCAGCUGAACACCCGCCCGCUUAUCCCCCGCCAUUCGCCCACACCCAGCAGAUCCCGAGCAGCGAGUCGUUCCUCCCUCGCUGAUCGCUUAUUUCUCGGACUUUUUAUCCUGCCCCAUCCCUGAGCACGACGGACGGAACACGCGAAUCGACCAAAAAAACUCCUCUCUCCACAAUACCCGCUUGCCCGCCCGACCGACCGUCUGUAGGUCGUUCAGUCGCCUGUGAUGAGCCCUCAAGGAAUCACCCGCAAACGACCAGCUCCUGGCACAUCCCCCAUCGUGCACCCGCAACUUGGCCCGCUCACGAAUUAUCCUCAAAAUCCCGGCAACCAGCUGUCGAACGACCAGUUCCUACAAUGGGGCCAGAAUCCGUCCUCCAACGUCUCCAGCCCGUCCUACCCUGAUGCGAGUUCUUACAACCCGGCGGCCUACACCUCGAACUCAGAUGUCCCGGCCUCCACAGUGACAGCUUCAGGCCAGCUUGCUCGGCGCCAGACCCCCACUCAAUUGGUCAACCGCAGUCGCGGGUAUGACCAGACGUCGGCCUCUUUCUCAGACCCUGGCAGUGGGUCUGGCGAGUCCGGUGGAUGGGGGGAGAGCCUCAGUGAGUUGUACGAGCGCGCGAUGGUCGCGAAGAGAGAAGUUCAGGCCAAGCGAAAACAGAUCCCUCCUUUCGUUCAGAAACUGAGCAGUUUUCUGGACGAGUCCAAAAACACCGAUCUUAUUCGGUGGUCGGAUGACGGCAAUUCUUUCAUCGUGAUGGACGAAGAUGAAUUCGCGAAGACUUUGAUUCCGGAGCUAUUCAAGCACAACAACUACGCUUCUUUUGUUCGCCAGUUGAAUAUGUACGGCUUCCACAAAAAGGUGGGACUCUCUGACAAUUCCAUGCGCGCCAGCGAACGGAAGAACAAGAGCCCCAGCGAAUAUGCGAAUCCAUACUUCAAGCGCGGUCACCCGGAUUUGUUGUGGUUGAUUCAGAAACCUAAAAACGCAGCUGGGCAGGGCAGCAAGGUGGGUAAGGGCAAUGUGCGGGUGAAGACGGAAGAGAUCGAGGAAAAUGAUAAUGACGAGUACGUUGACGAUGCCUUGGGACCUGCACGAGAUGAUCGAUCGCGCAACCGCCAGCUGUCCUUGAUUACGGGGAGCCUCAUGCCAAAGGAUCAACUCGCGGGGGUGUAUAGAGAGUUGCAAGCGAUUCGCCAACAACAGCAAAUCAUCUCCAACACCAUCACCAAACUACGGAGGGAACACGAGCAACUGUAUGCGCAGGCAGCCAACUUUCAAGAGCAGCACACCAGGCACGAGAACUCCAUCAACGCGAUUCUGACGUUCUUGGCGACAGUCUACAAUCGCAGUCUGCAAGGACAGGAAGGGCCGCAAAACCUAGCGAAUUCGUUUGCUGGGGCCAUCUCACAGGAGCAAGGCAAUAUCGUUGACAUGGACGAUUACUCGCUCGGGUCGCUAGGGCCUACCGACCUGACCAGCCCAACGGGACCGCGGUCGCUGAAAAAACAGCAGCUCCUGCUCAAGGCUCCUCCGGGGCAAGACCGUCAGGGCCGUGCAACGACCUUGUCUCCAGCUUCCACUACCUAUGACCGCUCACACUCGCGCGGUCAUGGCCGGCAAGCCAGCGUGUCUCAUCCGGGACAUGUCGAGGAGGUAUACGACAACAGUCCUCGGCAAAAGGAGGCGCAACCGCCUCCAGGAUCUCAUGUACCCCAGCGGGACAUCAUGUCAGUCAUUCAGAAUUCCAACGCCCGAAACGGUAUGCCAACGAGUUUCGCCGACUUCCCGAAUGUCCUGUCAUCGCUUGAGACUUCGGGCGGUAACUCGCCACUUACUCCCAGCCAACGCGCCGAUAUGCUUCGUCUCAUGGCCCAUGAAACAGGCUCCGGUGGAGUCAAUGGUGCGUCGUCUCCAAAUAACGCCUUGGUCACACCGACGCCUCCGCCAAUGCCGCACAACUACUCCGGUCGGCUGGCCAACACACGGGCGGAGAUCGACAACCUGGUCAAGAUGCAGGCCGAGCAAGAUCGCUCUGUGCAGAACCUGACCAACCUCUUACAACCCCUCAGCCCGACGGGCACCAUACCCGGAAUCAGCAUAGAUGGCAGUGCGCCCCCUCCCCCACUUGACCUUGAUACUAUCUUCAAUAACGACUACUUCACGGAUAUUGGAGAUCUGGAACAUAAUAAAGCUAGCUUAGGUUAUGGCGAUCCGGCCGUGUCGGUGCCAGCCACAACCGCGGCCGACCCGGUGGUUACCGCCGGUCCCGAUGGUGGGAUCAAGGAUGCGAACGAAUUGUUCGACUUCGACAAUCUCCCCGCUGACAAUGAUCUCUUCGGCGGAGCCAACCCCGCACCACACAAUCCGGGAUUCUACCAUGGAUUCGAUGGGAGCGGUUACGGCGCAAAUGACAUUCACGCCGGCAUUGGGGCGGAUGGGCAGCUUCCUAACGGCAAAGACUCUAGCAGAGUUGAGUCUUUGCCCGAUAGCGAUGCCACCAGCCCUGCUAACACUGUGGAUGAUAGCAUACAGUACGGUGGGCUAGACACGGGCAACGAUGCUCUGGGAGGUAAGGGUCUCGGUAGCGGCGUGAAACGGCGCAAGAAGGCUUGAUUUCCGACUUUCAUGAUAUCCUACUAACGGGGUUGGGCGCCGAGAACGCUUGAUUGCCAAACAAGGACGAGGCGCGAGAUAGACGAGGGCUGCAAGUGCACGUAUACGUGGGGAGUCGCCACAAAAAUGAGUCGCGAAGUCUAUGAGGAAAAUGCAU